AUGGCCAACUUUGUGGCUCCAGAAAUCAAAAAAUUUGGACCUUGGGACUAUGUAGUUUUUGCAGGACUGUUUUUAGUCUCCGCCAGCAUCGGAGUCUUUUUUGCAAUUAAAGAGAGGAAAAAGAAGAGUUCAAAGGACUUUCUGGUGGGCGGCAGGCAGAUGACGUGCGGCCCCAUAGCCUUCUCUCUCACCUCCAGCUUCAUGUCGGCGGUCACCGUUCUGGGGACGCCGUCGGAGGUUUAUCGCUACGGGGCAUCCUUCAUCCUCUUCUUCCUCUCCUAUACGCUUGUCAUCUUCUUCACUGCUGAACUUUUUGUACCGGUAUUCUACAGAUCUGGCAUUACAAGUACUUAUGAGUAUUUGGAGUUAAGAUUUAACAAAGUGGUCCGUUUCGCUGCGACGCUCAUCUACAUCCUGCAGACGAUCCUUUACACUGGAAUAGUGGUUUAUGCUCCAUCACUGGCUCUCAACCAAGUCACUGGAUUUGAUCUCUGGGGCUCUGUAGCUGCCACAGGAGUUGUCUGCACUUUCUAUUGCACAUUGGGAGGACUGAAAGCUGUGGUCUGGACGGACGCCUUCCAAAUGAUGGUCAUGGUGGCCGGCUUCGCGACCGUUCUCAUCCGCGGGUCCAUCCUCAACAGCGGCCCCAGCGCCAUCUGGCAACGCGCGGCCGAGGGCGCCCGCCUCAACAUAUUCGACUUCAACGUGGACCCUUUAAGACGGCACACCUUUUGGACCAUCGUCAUCGGGGGAACCUUCACGUGGCUCGGGAUCUACGGCGUCAAUCAGUCCACGAUACAGAGAUGCAUUUCCUGCAAAUCAGAAAAGCACGCCAAACUGGCGCUUUACCUCAACUUGGUGGGACUUUGGAUCGUGCUGGUGUGUGCAGUAUUUUCUGGCUUGGUGAUGUUCUCGCACUACAGGGACUGCGACCCUUGGACUGCCAAUUUCAUUUCAGCACCYGAUCAGCUAAUGCCCUAUUUUGUCAUGGACAUUUUUGCCUCGAUGUCGGGAGUCCCGGGACUGUUUGUUGCCUGUGCAUUCAGUGGAACAUUAAGCACAGUGGCUGCAAGCAUUAACGCUCUGGCGACCGUUACCUUUGAAGACUUUGUCAAGAAAAUUUUCCCGGACCUGUCGGAGAAGAGGAGCACGUGGGUCAGCAAAGGCUUAUGUGUGCUCUUCGGGGCGCUGUGCACGGCCAUGGCGGCGGCCGCMUCGCUGCUCGGAGGCAUCGUCCAGGCCUCCCUCACCAUCCACGGCAUGUGCGGGGGGCCCAUGCUGGGGCUCUUCACCCUGGGCAUCCUCUUCCCUUGUGCCAACUGGAAGGGCGCCACCGGCGGCCUCCUGGCCGGCAUCGCGCUCGCCUUCUGGGUCGCCAUCGGCUCCUUCGUGUACCCGGCGCCCGCGGCCAAGGCGCUGCCGCUGCCGCUCUCCACGGCGGGCUGCGCGCUCGCCAACGGCACCGGCGCGCUCGGCACCGCCGCUCCCACCGCCGCUCCGCACAGGCCGCUGCUGGCCGACACCUGGUACUCGCUGUCCUACCUGUACUUCAGCGCCGUGGGCUGCCUGGGCUGCGUGGUCACCGGGCUGCUCCUCAGCAUCGUCACAGGCCCCCAGAGAGCAGAGGACGUGCCGCCGGUGCUGCUGAGGAGGCUGUGGCGCUGGCGUGGCGCGCGGCGCAGCGGCAGGCGCGUGAGUGGCUCCCGCGGGCAGGGUGCUCCUCCCGAAACCACCGCUGAAAGCUGCCUCCUGCACCUCAGCAGGAUGGGUGACCUGCAGCUCAGCGAUCGCGUCCAGCGCGGGCGGCUGCGCGCGCCUGGCGGGGACUUGGGUGGUGACACCACGGUGGACUUGGACAACAACAUGCCUCAAGUCACUGCAAAGAAAGCUAAAAGAGAAGACUCCUUCCAGAGCAAAGCUGAGAACGAAACCCAAAGGCAGCUACCUGGCUACAAUCCCGAGGAAAAAUCCUACACCAACAUGGGCAUGGAAUCUCGCCUGUAG